AUGCGAUAUAGUGACGACCACUGUACCAGGGCGGUUACUGGCUCUAUCGCUCGAGACAUCAAACAAACUUUAGGAUUUCCGCCAACAAGAUGGUCAGACUUCUUCACGAGAGCUCUGAAAGAGCAGAAUGUUGGAUCUCGUGUCCCUGAAGCGAAGACGAUUCACUGGACCACUCUGGCUCGUGACAGGGACGAGUGGAGACGUUACUGGCGCCCGCUCGAGGAAGUCGAUGAUCAACGGGACGACAGGUGA